AUGACUGGAAGCUCGGUCGAAUCCAUUGAAGCCCAGGCCGUGACUGGUUUUCAAUCUGCCAACGACCUCGACUCAAUUCCCGAUGGCGGAUUUCAAGCGUGGGUGCAGGUUGUCGGUGUCUUCUUCCUGUUUUUAAACACUUGGGGCAUCGUCAAUAGUUAUGGGAUUUUCCAAAACUAUUACCAGACCGAACAUCUCGCCCAACAUUCACCGUCAGCCAUCUCAUGGAUCGGUUCCAUCCAAACGUUCCUGGUACUCGUCAUUGGUGUCCUGACAGGACCCCUUUACGACACGGGCUACUUCCGUACCCUCCUGGUGGUUGGAAGUUUCUUAACCGUCUUUGGCAUGAUGAUGCUUAGUCUGUCAACUCUCUAUUGGCAGGUUUUGCUCUCCCAGGCAUUGUGCGUGGGUCUUGGAAUGGGUUGUCUAUUCGUUCCAAGUGUCGCGAUUUUAUCCACCUACUUCAACAAAAACCUGGGAAUUGCCAUGGGUCUCGGCACCUCGGGGGGGAGUCUCGGCGGCAUCAUAUAUCCCAUCAUUGUUACCCGGUUGAUCCCCAAGGUCGGAUUCCCAUGGGCAGUCCGUGUCAUCGGUUUUAUUGCCCUCGGAACUCUCAUCUUGUCGAACGUCUUCAUGAAAUCCCGUGUCCUUCCAUCGGCUACACGGUCAUGGAGCUCCCUUGUCGAGCUUGGUGCUUUCAAGGAACGUCCUUACGCGUUGUUCGUCUUCGGAGGAUUCAUCUCGUACAUGGGAUACUACGCACCGUUCUACUACCUGACACCUUAUGCCAUGGCUUACGAGAUCACCACCAUGGACCUGGCCACAUGGUUGGUGUCAAUCUUCAAUGCUGCGGAUUUCGUUGGUCGCAUUCUACCGAAUUGGGUCGCCGACUAUACCGGCCCGCUCAAUGUCAUGAUUCCCUUCGUGAUAUGUAGUGGUGCCAUUGAACUUGGACUCGUUGGAAGUUUCGACCAGUCCAGCCUUAUCGCUCUUUGUGUGCUGUUUGGGUUCUUCACCGGUCCAUUCAUCUCCUUGCCGUCAACGGUCCUCGUCACACUGACGCCGGACCGAGAGAAGGUCGGGACUCGAAUCGGCAUGGCACUCACCUGUAUUGCCAUUUCCAUGCUCGUUGGUACUCCGAUCGCUGGCGAGAUCUUGAACCGGUCUGGUUUCGCAAAUGUCUGGGUAUUUGGUGGUGUGACCAUGAUUGGCGGUGGGCUUAUCAUGAUCGCUUCACGUCUUUCGAUUACUGGGCUCAAGUUGAAGGCUUGGGCUUGA